GCGGCAGUUCAUGCUGGGACGUUUCAGUUCCAGUCUGUCGUUUCGCCCGUCUCCUGUUCUUCACCUUGGGGACGAAACUAUCGGAAGUUCGUUUGCGGCAGACAAGCACGUGUUGAGGGGAGGAAUUUACCAGAAUAAGGAUCAGCUCGACUCUUACUUUGGAUUCUGAAGCCUGAUUUGGAUCUGAUUACACUUUCUUCAACAAUGCACUCAAGAAUUUUCUGUAUCGCUCUGUUGUCGGUCCUGGCUGGUGUGCACGCCAAGGUCGUGCAGGAUGCCCUGGGCGACGUUAAGACCAGCUCGAAGAAGCAGAUGUCAAGACAUCAUCGCAAGCAAUCUCUAGACAGCCACUUCUGGCACCAAGGAGGAGAGACAUACGGCAAUCAUAUCGGGAGGUACUUCCGUCCUUCCUACUCUUCCACCUUCAGCCUGAUCAAGCUGAACAACGUCAACGUCACGUUCUUGGACAACACCAACUUGAGAGGUUAUGAUGGUGCGGAUAUGGCCACUCUGGGUCGUUACAGUGUGAUGACAAGGAUGGGCAUGAUCGAGCACUGCAACAGCAGAAACUUUGAUGACGUUGAUGGUAUUCUUGGAUUCGGUUGGGCCGAUCAGCCACGAUCUGCGGCUCUGCUCAAGACUCUGACUCAGCCCAGUCGUCCAAGUUGGAACAUAUUUGAUCAGCCCUUCGCUGGUGAUGGUGUGCCGAUGCCGAGAAAGUUUGCCUUCACAGCCAACAACGAGCUCGGAGAGUUGCAGCUCGGUGGUUACGAUCCGGCCAUGUUGUCAGACGACUUCACCAUGUUCCAUAUGACGGGUGAGAACGUGUACGGCAUCGACAUCCAUUCCAUCUCGUAUGGUGGGGUUGAACUGCUGCAUUUCGGUGAGGCGAAUCACAAGAAGGCGUUCGUUGGAGAGUUCGACUCUGGUACCACUUGUCUCCUUUUGCCCAACACCAAUGUGCAAGGCAACUUCACAACAUCUCCUUUCGGCAUUCUUGCGCGAGAGCAAGCGAAAGGCGAGCGUCACCCUUUGCUCUACAAGACUCGUGACAUCUUUGGAGUGGAACACACGUAUGCCAUGUCCUACACCGAAUGCGUUGAGCCAACUGAUGAGACCAUGAUCUUGGGAGACCCUUUCUUCCGCAAGUGGGUUGUGUUGCAUGACUUGACGGACCUUAGCUCAAAGAAGAUGGGACUUGCCCCGAAGAAUCCCAGCUACCAGCUUGGAGCGGCAACUGAUCGCAGUAUCCUCACUCCCAAUCAUGCUCCCCAUCAGUUGACCUUCAAAGCUCACCAGAAGCAUCAUCCUGUGACUAAGAUUCAUGCCAGAAGGAAGAUGCGCGAUCAGCACUUCGUACGUGCACUCUCAGCAACGAAGCAGGCUCUCAAGGCUAGGUUCACUGAACUUGCUGAACCCAUCGAUGCCAGCCACCCUGACAAGGUUGCCGUCAAGUCCCAGCAGAUGGUGACGUACAACAUCCAGCUGGCCAUUGGUUCUCCACCACAGCCCCUGGACGUUAUCUUCGACACGGGCUCGUUCAUGCUGGCUGUCUUUGCUGAGCCUCCUCCUGAGGGAAUGAAGGCACUGGGCCUCGGCGAUAAGUCGAAGAAGUCGCACAAGCUUGCCAAGAAGCAUUCCCACCAUCCAUAUCAUCACGUGGUGGAGGAAGGAGAGCCGGUGGAGCUUGCUGCAAGGGGUCAGACGUUCUCGAUGAGUUAUGGUUCUUCGUCUUUCUUGUUCGUCAUUUGUGCUGUGUGCGUGGCCACCAUCUUCUUGGUUCUUCAGCGAAGGAACAAGCGCAGGUUCACCGAGUCAGUGCAGGCCAGCGAGUCUUCCUACGGCACGUGCUGAUGAGUUCAUCAGAGUUUCUGAGGGGAAUUAUUGAUUUGAAUGAAACGCCAGACUU